CUCUCUUUCUCUACUUAGACUUGUUUCGUUCGCCUUCUGUUUUCUCUGAAACUCAAAAAACGCAUGAAAUUUGAGGAACUCCUCAUGGAAGCUUCACAGCAACAUAGUAACAAAAGACAUGACUUAGAGGAAGGAGUAAUGCAUCUUAAAGAGAAACUAGAGAAAGAAGAAGCACUAAGUAGAAGUUUACGGUCUGUUUUCGAUGGCUCUGUUGUUUCGCUCCCAAGUCUCUCCUCAUUGUUUCUUCCACCUCAGGCAAUACCAAUACGAAUACCAUUACAUAUAAAUCGCAUGUCUAGACCGAAAAAUCGAGGAGCUGAAGCUCAAAUUGUGCUACGAACAGAGACAAACGCAAGAGAUGACCGAGCAGAAGAGGACAUUGGCAAGACAGAAUCAUGUACUGUCUCAAGCACUCACUCAAGGCUCUCCUCUUAUGCUCCCGAUUUCUUGGAUGCCACUUCUUCAGGUGGCUUCACAGAUGAACUUAAUGGAUUAUCGAGAACGCAGAUGGGUAGAGUAAGAAAAGGGCUUCGGCUUGUGGAAGUGAAGAGCAAAGAUGAUCCAAACGAAAUAUCUGAACAACUCAUUCACUGUCUCAUAGGCAUUUACUUGGAACUGAAUCAGGUUUCAUCAAAGACCAAAGAGGAUGUCGCGUUUUCGAGAGGGCCCUCUUCUUGUAGCCGGAAAUCUAACACAUAUAGUUAUUAUCAGAACGCAAUGAGUCUCGAUCCUUACCACGUAUUGCCAGACUCAAGCGGAGGAUUCACUAGAGACAUUGGCCCUUACAAGAACUUCAUUCACAUUUCAAGAAACUCCAUCGAUGUGACCCGUUUUACCCAUUAUUGUUCACCGGCUGUUCCACGCUUGAGUGUUUUGAUGGAAAAACUAUCAGAGGUGGAUUUGAGUUUCUUGACCUAUAAGCAAAAACUCGCUUUCUGGAUCAACAUCUACAACGCUUGUAUCAUGCAUGCAUUUCUUGAGUAUGGGUUACCUUCGUCGCACAAUAGACUACUUACCUUGAUGAACAAGGCUUCACUCAACGUUGGUGGCAUAGUCCUCAACGCUUUGGCGAUUGAACAUUUUGUCUUACGCCAUCCUUGUGAACCAGAACAUGACUCGCUUGAUGAGAAAGAAACUCUCCUGCGGCACACUUAUGGUUUAGGAUAUUCGGAGCCUAACGUGACAUUUGCGCUUUGCCGCGGAAGUUGGUCUUCACCAGCACUUAGAGUCUAUACAGCAGAUGAGGUAGUGAAUGAUUUAGGAAGAGCAAGAGUGGAGUAUCUAGAAGCUUCCGUGGGUGUUUCAAGCAAGAAAAAAAUUGUGGUUCCACAGCUUCUACAAUGGCACAUGAAAGAUUUUGCAGAUGAUAUUGAAUCUCUUUUGGAAUGGAUCUAUAGCCAGUUGCCUCGAUCAGGCAACCUGAAGGCUAUGGUUAUGGAAUGUUUAAAGAGAAAAGCAAAAGUUCCUUUAGCUAAAAUGGUAGAGAUUCAAACAUAUGGACACGAAUUUCGCUAUCUAUUGUCGUUUUAAAUAUGAAAAAUCAUUAUGUAUGAUAGUGAUACGAUAAGUGAAUAACAAUGUCUGCUUAACUUUUCUCUCGGAUGUAUCGUUUGUUUGCAAACUGCAACUUAAAACAAAACAAAGAUUAUAU